AUGUCUUCCAUUGGUGGAGCAGCAGCUGUUGCGUUAGGCACUCUAACCCCUGAACAGAUCCUUUUUCUACAGUCGGUUCCCAAGGCUGAAUUACACGCCCACUUGAACGGCUCUAUACCAAUACCCACACUACAAGAACUCGCCUCAGAAUAUCUGGAAGCUAGAGCAUCCUCGAACAAGUCAAGCGAUGCCGAAAUCUCAGACGAGUUGGUCACACAAGGCAUCGAAAAGUUGAUGCAAGGCCCCGUUCUCGACGAGAUCCAUGAUUUCUUCCGUUUAUUCCCUGCAAUUUACACGCUCACUUCUACUCCCGAGGCUCUAGGUCGGGCCACGCGCGCUGUCCUGAGUUUCUUUCUGGAUGGCACACUCCCACAGUGCAACUACCUCGAGCUUCGAUCAACACCCCGCGCGACGAAAUGGAUGGACAGAGAGAAAUACCUUCUAACUGUGCUGGAUGAGAUGGAACGAUAUGAUGUGGAUAAAGUCGGAUUGAUUGUAAGCUUGGACAGGAGGAUGGGUGGGGAUGUUGUCGCGGAGUGCCUGAAAAUUGCUUGCAAGCUGCGUCAGGAGGGGAAACGUGUUGUAGGCAUUGACCUGUGUGGUGAUCCUACUGCCGGAGACAUGGAAAUGUUCUCCCCAUACUUUACAGAAGCCAAAAGAUUUGGGUUAGGAUUGACCUUGCACAUUGCUGAGACCCUACAAAACACUGAGGAGGAAACACUAAAGCUGCUUUCGUAUGAUCCUGAUCGUCUGGGCCACGCGACCUUUCUGAACGAAGAAGCGAUUUCGGUUGUUUUGGAAAAAAAGAUGUGCAUCGAAAUCUGCCUUAGUUCGAAUCUUCUGUGCAAGACUGUAACAACUCUGGAAUCCCACCACAUUCUCCAAUACCUUAAGGCAGGUCAUCCGAUUUCAAUAUGCACUGAUGAUAUCCUACCAUUUCGGACUUCCCUCCUCGCUGAAUAUGCACUCCUCUUAGCCCAACCUCCGUACGGAUUGGGAUUAUCACAGGAACAGAUUCUGAGAAUCGGCGAGAUGAGUUUGCAGGCCCGGUUUCAGCCACCUCACAAUGCUAUUGUAAAGAAAAAAGUAGCACCUUAG